CUUCGCAGUCCCGGAGACAUUUUGGAUUUAAAGGGGCUGAACGGCCGUCGGUCCUAGCUCUCGGUUUCCUUGGGCUAUAUAGAAGAUGUCUACCAUGGUGUAUCCAAGAGAAGAGAAGCUUGAGAAGCUUUCUCAGGAGGAGAUCAUCUCCAACACGAAGCUGGUGAUCCAGGGUCUGGAGGCCUUGAAGAAUGAGCACAAUUCCAUCCUCCACAGCCUCCUGGAGACCAUAAAGUGCCUAAAGAAGGAUGAAGAGGCCAACCUGGUGCACGAGAAGUCCAACCUGCUCCGCAAGUCAGUGGAAAUGAUUGAACUAGGCCUGGGAGAAGCACAGGUGAUGAUGGCUCUGUCCAACCACCUGAACGCGGUGGAGUCGGAGAAGCAGAAGCUGCGUGCACAGGUGAGGAGGCUUUGCCAGGAAAACCAGUGGCUGCGUGAUGAGCUGGCUAACACCCAGCAGAAGCUGCAGAAGAGUGAGCAGAAUGUGGCUCAGCUGGAGGAGGAGAAGAAACACCUGGAGUUCAUGAAUGAGCUCAAGAAAUAUGAUGAAGAUGUAUCACCCACUCAGGAGGAGAAGGACCGAGAAGCACCAAAGGACUCUCUGGAUGAUCUCUUCCCUAAUGAUGAAGAGGACCAAGGCCAAGGAAUGCAGCACCAACACAACAGUGCAGCCGUAGCUGCAGCCCAGCAGGGAGGCUACGAGAUCCCGGCUCGGCUUAGAACCCUGCACAACCUGGUGAUCCAGUAUGCCUCCCAGGGUAGGUACGAGGUGGCUGUCCCUCUUUGCAAGCAGGCUUUGGAGGACCUAGAGAAGACUUCUGGACAUGACCACCCUGAUGUGGCCACCAUGCUCAACAUCCUGGCCUUGGUCUAUAGGGAUCAGAAUAAAUACAAAGAGGCAGCCCAUCUGCUCAAUGAUGCUCUGUCUAUCAGGGAGAAAACCUUGGGAAAAGACCAUCCUGCUGUUGCUGCGACACUGAACAAUUUGGCCGUGCUGUAUGGAAAGAGAGGGAAGUACAAGGAGGCAGAGCCUCUGUGUAAAAGGGCUCUGGAGAUCAGAGAAAAGGUCCUGGGGAAGGAUCACCCAGAUGUGGCCAAACAGCUUAAUAACCUGGCCCUGCUGUGUCAGAACCAGGGCAAGUAUGAAGAGGUGGAGUAUUACUACUGCCGUGCCCUGGAGAUCUACGAGUGCAGACUGGGCCCAGAUGAUCCCAAUGUGGCCAAAACCAAGAACAACCUGGCAUCCUGCUUCCUCAAACAGGGCAAAUACAAGGAGGCUGAGAUUCUGUACAAAGAGAUUCUGACUCGUGCUCAUGAGAAAGAAUUUGGAUCUGUUGAUGCUGAGAACAAGCCCAUCUGGAUGCAUGCAGAGGAAAGAGAGGAGAUGAGUAAGGGCAAACACCGAGACAACACUCCAUAUGGAGAGUACGGAGGUUGGUACAAGGCCUGCAAAGUCAACAGUCCUACAGUGAACACCACCCUGAGAAACCUGGGGGCCCUGUACCGCCGACAGGGCAAACUCGAGGCUGCAGAAACCCUGGAAGAGUGUGCCGUGAGGUCUCGCAAGCAGAGCAACACAGGCAUUGACCCCAUCCACCAGACACGUGUGGUGGAGAUCCUGAAGGAUACAGAGGGUGACAGGCGGAGGAGCAGGGACAGUCUGACUAGCGUCAAGUAUGAGAGCGGCUCUGAGACUGGCGAGGAAGCCUAAGCCAUCAAGAUUAUUCCUCCACCCUUCUCUCCUUCCCCAACACUAUAGCAAAAGGAUGUGUGUUGUCGUUCCCUCUGGCCUUCUCUGUCCCAACAAACCAACAGCUCCUCUACCAUUCCCGGUGCCCCCCACUCCGGCAGAGACUCAGAAAGUCCCCUCCUGGUUGUCAUCUCUGUCCUCUCUUCAACUGACAGCUGCUGGGACGUUUAGGCUUCUCACGCUGCUCUGUUUCCCCCCCUUCUUCUACUUCUUCUUCUUCUUCUUCUUCUCCUUCUUCCACUCUCGAUCUUUCCUCUCACUAACUCUGUAUCAUCCUCCAUGUCAGAAAUCAUUAAAUCUGUCUCUCACCUAACAUAAAAAAAAAAGAAACAAAAAAAGAAAUCAGUGUAUGUAAUAUUGUCACUCGCACAUGUUUUCGUCUCUCAAACACCCGCUUGUGCAUUUGUAGAUUUAUUCGGCCGGAAGCUGCAAAUCUAAAUAACUGGAAAAAGGUUGAACACUGAGAGAAACACGGAACAGUUUUGAGGAUUAGUGUCACGUUUGACAGCAGCUUAAGCUUCAGAAAUCACUCCAACCCCCAGUCAGAUUAAAAGUUACUGAUACUACAGACUGAAUAUUGUUACAAAGCUCCAAAGCUGCAUUGGUCUCUUAUUUAUUUUCUGGUUUAAGUACUCUUAGCUUCUCUCUAAGUUAAUGUGAGUCACAAAUGUGAGUCACACAUGUGUUUAAUGUACUGUAUAAAGUCAUGCCUCAGAUCAAAUGCCUAAACCAGAUUGGAACGGUACUGUAGAGUUACAAAUGCUUAGCAAGAUAUUUACAAUCGAUUCUUUUUAACACCCCAGCAUAGCAGCAAAAGAGAAGGCAGCAUUACCAUUUUUGUUUUUUUAUAGAAAUAUUCCUUUGUUUUGUAUGAUUUUGUUUACGUUUUUUAAAAAAAAUUAAUAUAAAGGCAAUUGUCAGUUAACAAUGCCUUAGUGUUUACCUGUUGUGAAAGACCAGCGGCGCUCAGCAUCAUUUAGGCCAAAGCUGACGGCGAAUUGGUCAGACCACAGCAAGCUUUUGUUGCCAUGGUGAUUUGUUUUCAAGUUGAUCUCACUAGCUUGGGUGUCCUUGGUUGGAUGGAGUAUUUACACAGGCUCUGCUCUGGCACAGUAUGUACACAGACACUUUUCAAAGGAGAACAGUCCACAUUAGCUUACGCUGUAAAGCCAGUGUGACACGAUACAUGGCACCUGAACGCUUGCUAGCAUAAUAGAUUUCAACAUAAUGGACACAAAUGCCCAGAAUGGCCUUUAUUUGUUGGUGUUGGAGUAAAGUUACAUUUCAAUGGAAGCCUGGAUUCCUAGUGUAGUUGUAGUGUGUAUUAGUGUAUGUUUUGGUGGUACAGUCACACAACGCCCCCUCUCUGACUGUGGAUACUGUAUUUUGAACGCAAAGCUUAAUUGGGUGUGUCGCCGUUUUUUUUCUUCCGUACACAGUUUGCGAGUAAACAUCGUCAAAUUUGGUGAAUCAUGAUUUAUUUAUUUUUUUUAGACACUGAAAAGUCACAGUGCUAGUCUUUCCUCGAGAUCAACGUUAUUUCAAAUGUGUAACUAACUGAAUGUACAAUGACUUUUAACUCCUUGGAAGUAUAAUCGUAGGCUGUAUUUAUAGAUUUGACAAGUGCAUUCACUAUAUGGCUUCUCAUUAUGCUACUUGCCUUGAUUCUUCAUUCCUUCCAGCGAGUACACCUAUACUUGUAAUGCAACUGCGAACAAAAGAAUUUGACUAUGCUCUUCACAUAAUUAUGACAAUAUUGUUGUGUUAGUGGAAUGCUUAUUUAUUAAACCUAUCGUCUCUUCAUGACAUAUUUAGUGUGACUUGAGUUCCUUAAAGUGGAAGAACAUAAAUGGUAAGUUCUUAGCGCACUAUCGUAGGACUGCAUUAUAUUUACCAUUCUGCAUUGUGAAGAUUAUUGCAUCAACACUUGUUGGUAUUCUCAAAUAAAGUUUUUCAUUUGUGAA